CGGAACGGCAAAACCUUACGGACCCGAAAUGGAUGGGGGCUGGUGGCCUGUGGGAAUAGGCUAUAGGCUAUAACGCUCAUACAUUUCAAUUGCCAUAUGCAAUGCCAAUUUUUCUUACAUUGUCUUUGGUUAAACUCUGGCAUUAUGGAAGCGCCGCUUUUGGAGCUAUUUCCGCACUAUGCCGACUUGGAAGAUUUCCUUCAAAAUGAAGUCGAAGCUCGGUAUAUACUCAAAAAAGCAACAGACUGCUUGGAACGGAUCAAGAAGUCCAGUCGUAAGGCUGGCGAGGAUGAGGAAAUUAGAUAUCUGAUAUGUGCCCUGGUGGACAGAAACUGGGAGCGCAUACAUACCGGCCAUUUCAGCAGCGUUCCUCUGACGAUCCGGAAAAUCUAUGCUAUUGCGUGUUUCUUCAAGAUAUUCUUCCUACUCCUGGAGAGCACAGACCCAAGGCAAAAGGAAAAAUGCAGUGGCAUCCUGGACGAGGCUCAGCUACUCGCCUGCACAGAUGACUGGAGCGAUCUCAAGGCAGCACUCAUGGACUACUUGGACAAGGGCCAGGAGACGAGUGUCGAGCCAUUGCCCAUCUUGGCGGCAGUGAUGAGAGUUUCGAGUGCCUGUGGUAUACCACAGCUGGAUGCUCCCGGCUUGAAUGAGUUUCAAACGAAAUGUUUCCAGGCACAGCAGCCGACGCUGCUGCUGAACACCAUUAAGCAAUGGCCAGCCAUGGACAAGUGGCGGGACUUGAACUACCUAGUGCAAGUGGCGGGCAAUCGCACAGUACCCAUAGAGAUUGGCUCCAACUAUGCCAACGACGAGUGGUCCCAGCAGCUAGUCAAAAUUCGCGACUUUCUGCGUCGGCAAUUUGUUCACCAAAGUGAAGACGGAUGUCGGGAGAUUGAGUAUCUUGCCCAGCACGAGCUCUUUGCCCAGAUACCGGCCCUGAAAGCGGAUAUCUGUGUGCCCGAUUAUUGCACUGUGAGCGGUGCGGAGGAGCCCCCAGCAGCUGUGGACAUCAAGGCCUGGCUAGGACCUGCCGGAACCAUAUCCCCAAUGCACUAUGAUCCCAAGCACAACUUACUCUGCCAGGUGUUUGGCUCUAAGCAGAUUAUACUGGCUGCCCCCAAAGACACGGAUAAUCUGUAUCCCCACGAGAGCGAAUUCCUCGGCAAUACAUCGCAAAUAAAUGCCGCGGAGCUAGACUUCAAGAAGUAUCCCCUGCUGGAGAAAGUGCGCUUCUAUAAGCUGCUUCUUCAGCCUGGCGAUUGCUUGUAUAUGCCACCUAAAUGGUGGCACUAUGUGCGUGCGGAAACGCCAAGCUUCUCAGUUAGUUUCUGGUGGGAGUAGACUUGAACCUCACUGGUAUGUGGAAUUCUUGUGUUACACAUCUGUUUCGUUAUCUACUUUUCAAUGAAGUGCGAUAAUCAAUGCGAUUUGUCAGCAAAUAAACAGGUUGUCUAUGACGCCAUUGCAUUCGACAUGAUGUGGACUAUCAGCUGGUGGCUACUGCUCAAUCAUGAAUCAUCAAUCGAACUGGGAGUGGUAGUACAUAUGUGUUUUAUAAUUGUUAUUUUAUUAGCCACGGCUUGUGUUAUAUCCUGUGGCAAAACAAAACUUACGAUAUACUGAUUAAUGCAAAGAGUACGAAAGAAAGCAAACAGUAUCAGUAUCAGGCAUAGAAAAACAUAAUGUAGAGAAUUCGCAACACGUAUCAAUAAACCUUUAUCAAUGCGUGUGGUGUUGUGGUAUGAGAAUUAAC